AGCAGAAGUGCCUGGGUAUCACUUACCACCGACACAGGAUUUGCAAACCUGAAAGAGAGAAAUGGCCCAGACUGGAAGGAACCAGGGCUCUCUUUUUAGAGCAUUUUAAAGAGAAGGCGUCACAGAGCCUUAGGGAGAAAGGAGCAACUGGAAGGAUAAUGCAGCUGUCCUUUGCUGGGGUGAUUCUCUUCCUUGCAGGCUACUCCUCCGGGCUGACUGGCCCUGGGGAGGUGAGCAGGCCCCUGGGCGAGUCGGUGUCUGUGCAGUGUCAGUACCAUGAAUGGUAUCAAGGCAAUAGGAAAUACUGGUGCCAAGGAGCAGCGUGGAGAUCCUGUCACAUAGCUGUUGAGACCACAGGGUCGGAGGCCGAGGCAAAGAGCGGCAGAGUCUCCAUCAGAGACGACCAUAGGCUGUGCACAUUCACAGUGACCAUGGAGAACCUGACGCUGGGAGAUGCUGGGAUUUACUGGUGUGGGAUAAGCAAAUUUGGACCCGAUCCGGGAGUUCCCGUUACGGUGACUGUUCUCCCAGGCUAUUUUUCUGCACUGUCUGCCCCUGCACUGACUGCCCCUAGGGAGGUGAGCAGGCCCCCGGGGGGCACCGUGUCUGUACCAUGUCAGUACGAUAAAAGAGAUCAGGGAUCUCAGAAAUACUGGUGCAGAGGAGCCCCGUGGAAGAGCUGCUCCAAAGUUGUUGAGACUGAAAAGUCAGAGGUCCAGGUGAAACGGGGCAGAGUCUCCAUCACAGACAAUCACACCAUGAGCACAUUCACUGUGACUAUGGAGAACCUGACUCUGGGUGAUGCUGGGAUCUACUGGUGUGGAAUAAAUAGAAAAGGUGUAGGUGAUCCUCAUUCCCUUGUUAACGUGACUGUUCUCCCAGCUCUUUCCACUGCAGUGAUGGUAACCACUGGAUCUCUCUCCCCAGCAAUAGGCACAACAAACACGGCUGAGCACCCCAAAAGUUUUCCUUUCACCAGUGCUAUGUUCCUGCUGCCCAUGCUCCUGCUGGUUUUACUUAUAUUACUGAGCGGAGCCAUGCUUCUGGCCAGAAGAAUGAUGCUGACGAGGAAAAAGGCUGCUGGAGCAGUUGGGCCUAGCGCAGCAGUGGACGAGGCUGUUGCCAGCACCGGAAGUGAUGUUUCCUAUGCAACCGUGAAACCAAAAUCUAGAAAAUCCAACACCACAGCCCCAUCGCCCCACUCCGCUCAGGCCGAGCCCAGUCCAGAAAGGGUGGACUAUUCUGCUGUAGCUCCAGGAAUGACCAGUAUUUCUUACGCCACAGUGAAAUAUCCAAUCCUGGAUGAGCAGGCAAUUUACAUCAAUGUGGACAGGCCAUCCAGUCAGCCCCCCUUGAGCAGCCCUCUGGAACAAACCGAGUACUGCGAAGUGAAAAAGAAAUAGGCUCCCUCUGGAACAUUUCCUUUCCCUCCUUCCUUGUUGUUGUGUGGAAGUGCAAAGAUUGCAACCUCUUGGAGCAGUGUUGCAAGGAAUGAAGUUGCCCGAGAUGAGCUGGUGCUGAUGGAGUCCCAACCAGAUUAAGCAAAAUGCCAGAUGGAACUAUAUUGAACUGGGAGAUUGUCUCACCAGAAUGGUCUGAUGCAGCUGAACAUGAUGUGGUGUAAUGGGGGGAAU